UAGGCUUCUAAGAGGUCCUCUCCCAAAACAUCUGCAGCCAUGAAGUGGAUAAUCCUAACUGCCUUGCUAAUUAUUUCCACUGAAUCAAAAAAUCUAUACAAAAGAGAUUCAGAGCCUCAUAUCAGGUUCCUUGGGGAAGUUUACAAGAAGGUGGAUACCAUAGACUUCCGAGGGCUAGUACUAAUAACGUUCGCUCAGCACCUCCAGAAAUGUCCAUUUGAGGAACUUGCAAAACAGGUGGAGCAGAUCACAACUCUAGCACAGGCCUGCGCUUCGGGUGCCAGACAUGCAGACUGUGCAACACCACUGACAACCUUGUUCCUGAACCGUAUUUGUGCAGUCCCAGAACUAGGUGCAACAUAUGAAUGGAGCACAGAAUGUUGUGCAAAAUCUGAUCCUGAGAGACACCAGUGUUUUAGGGCUCACAGAAACCCUGCCCCAGGAACUCAUUAUAAGAGACCAGAACCUGAAGAACUUUGCGAGUCUUACAAAAAGAAUAAAGAAGAUGUUCUGGCACAUUAUAUCUAUGAAGUAGCUAGAGGACACCCAGUACUCUAUUCACCAGCAAUUCUGGGAUUUGCUUACCAAUUUAACGGUAUAUGCGCACAUUGCUGUGAAGAGGAAGACAAAGCAACAUGCUUCAAAGAUAGGAUGACACAACUUAAACAAGCACUACAUAUAGUUGAAGCUCAGCAGAAAGAGUCCUGUCGAAUUCUGGACAAUUUUGGAGUUCGAGUUCUCCAGGCUUUUAAACUGGUUAAAAUAAGCAAAAAGAAUCCCAAAGCAACAUUUGAAACAGUACAAAAACUAACAAGUGAAGUUACACAUUUGAAUGAGGACUGCUGCCAUGGAGAUAUGCUGGAGUGUAUGAUUGAAAGGAUGGAGCUCACUGAACACACAUGUGAACACCAUGAAGAUAUAUCAACCAAAUUAAAAACCUGCUGUGAAAAGCCCCUCAUCGAACGUACAAGCUGCAUUGUCAACCUGGAAAAUGAUGAUAUUCCAGAGGAUCUACCCAAGAAAGUGACAAAAUUUGUUGAGGACCCUGAGGUUUGCAAAUUAUUUGCUGCUAAAAAGGAUGUCUUCUUGGCAGAAUUUCUGUAUGAAUAUGCAAGAAGACACCCUGAGUUAUCUGAUCAGCUGCUCCUGAGAAUAGCCAAAGGAUAUGAAGAACAAUGUGAAAAAUGCUGUGAACUUGAAAACUUUCUUGGAUGCCUUAAGGACGGGGAACACGUACUAGCAGAGGCAAUCCAGGAAAGCACUGCAUUGGUGGAAAAGAACUGUGAAGUCCAGCACAAAUUGGGAGAAUAUUUGUUCCAAAAUGUGCUGCUGAUACGCUACACCAAGAAGAUGCUGCCAGUAACAACCCAAAGUUUAAUUCAUAUCACAAAGCACAUGACAGAGGUUGGCAACAAAUGCUGCGCACUACCGAAUACACAGAAGAUGCCAUGUGCUGAAGGAGGAUUAAGUUUGAUCAUUGGAGAAUUCUGUGAAAUGGAGAAAACUCACCCCAUCAAUGACCAUGUUAAAAACUGCUGCUGGAAAUCCUAUUCUAAUAGAAGAAACUGCUUUACUAAUCUGGGACCUGAUGACUCCUAUGUACCUCCAGAAAUAACUGAUGAUACUUUCCACUUUACUGAAGACUUGUGUACACUCCCUGAAGAAGAGCUUAACAUUAAGAAACAGGGAUUCAUUGUAACACUUGUGAAGGUGAAGCCUCAUGUGACUGAUGAGUUAUAUGGUCAAAUUGCUGUAGAAUUCACAAAAAUGAGAGAAAAGUGUUGUGCCGCAGAGGACCACCAGGCAUGCUUUAAUACAGAGGAACCAAUUCUGAUUGAACAUUGUAAACAACUGGCUGCAUAAACAUAAUCUUAAUGAAUUGAUACAGUAACUCAUCUGGAACAAGAUUGAUGAAGGACAUUGAAUCAUAAACAAGAUGAAGAAAAUAAAGUUACUUUUUACCAACAAAAAUGUUAAUGUCCUGGAGUUUUUAACUCUUUGUAACAAUAAAUUAAACUUUCAAAGUA